GAAUGUGACGUCAUCACGUGACGGUCUGGUCAACAACUCAGCUGCACAGGGAGCUGGAGGAGCGGCAGCCAAAUAAAACACAAGACAUCGCUCCCUUAAAGGGAGGGACUGCAACUUGCCCGGAUUCUUUUAUUUUUUUAUUAUUUUUUAAUUUUUUUUUAAAGAAGUCCGGCAUCUACACAACGUUGAGGAGCAGAUAAAUUCGUACAAGAUAGCAAGAGGUGGAGGGCUGCACCGCAUCGGAAAGAGAGAGAGAAGAAAAUGGAGUUAGAGGACGGAGUUGUAUACCAGGACGACCCGGGGACGGCGGCAAUGAUGUCGGAGCGGGUGUCGGGCCUGGCCAGCUCCAUCUACCGCGAGUUCGAGAGGCUCAUCGGCAAGUACGACGAGGACGUGGUGAAGGAGCUGAUGCCGCUGGUGGUGGCCGUGCUGGAGAACCUGGACUCCGUCUUCGCCGAGAAUCAGGAGCACGAAGUGGAGCUGGAGCUGCUGAAGGAGGACAACGAGCAGCUGAUCACUCAGUACGAGAGGGAGAAGGCGCUGAGGAAGCACGCCGAGGAGAAAUUCAUCGAGUUUGAGGACUCCCAGGAGCAAGAGAAGAAGGAUCUGCAGGGACGGGUGGAAACUCUGGAGUCGCAGUCCCGCCAGCUGGAACUCAAGGCCAAGAACUAUGCUGAUCAGAUCGGCAGACUGGAGGAACGGGAGGCAGAACUGAAGAAAGAGUAUAACGCUCUUCAUCAGAGACACACCGAGAUGAUCCACAACUACAUGGAGCACUUGGAACGCACCAAAUUUCAACAGCUUACAGGAGGGGAUCCAUCUGAAACUGGCACCCUUGGCAGGGUUAGGAAAGAGCGUCCUGUUUCCCUGGGGAUUUUCCCGCUGUCUGGGGCAGACCCUCUCCUCACUGCAGACACACGGCAAGGCGGAGCGGAGACCCCUGGAACGGAGAACUGGAGGUUCAAUGAUCUCAGCCACCCGCGUUCCAACACAAGCCUCAAGCAGUUGGAGGCGGAAGGGGUGCUAAAGGAAAGGGAUGGUAAGAGGUCACAGGAAGCUUGGGGGAAUUCGCUGGCACCUGAGCGCAAGGCCAUGUCCUGUCUGGGUGGCCACGUUGCAUGGGACUUCACUCGCAGUGUGUGGUCUGUUUCUAUAGGUCUGGCUGACAAUGAGGAGAAGUCGGAAGUGCAGGCCAUCAUUGAGUCUACCCCAGAGCUGGACAUGGACCUCAGUGGCUACAAAGGUGCCAGCACUCCAACCAAAGGCAUUGAAAACAAGGCGUUUGACCGGAACACAGAAUCUCUGUUUGAGGAGCUGUCCUCUGCUGGAUCGGGGCUCAUCGGGGAUGUGGACGAAGGAGCUGACUUGCUGGGUAUGGGCCGUGAAGUAGAAAACCUCAUCCUUGAAAACACACAGCUCCUGGAGACAAAGAAUGCUCUGAACGUGGUGAAGAAUGACCUGAUCGCCAAAGUGGAUGAGCUGUCGUGCGAGAAGGAGGUGUUGCAGGGGGAGCUGGAGGCCGUCAAGCAAGCCAAAACCAAACUGGAGGAGAAGAACAAGGAGCUGGAGGAAGAGCUGAAGAAGGUGCGUGCUGAAGUGGAAGAAGCAAAGCAGAAAUCUAAGGAGGAGGAUGAUAGCGAUGUCCCCACAGCCCAGAGGAAGCGGUUCACACGUGUCGAGAUGGCCCGGGUUCUGAUGGAGAGGAACCAGUACAAAGAGAGGCUCAUGGAGCUCCAGGAGGCCGUGCGGUGGACUGAGAUGAUCCGGUGAGAAAAAACACACACUGUCUUCUUAGAACAUCUCUCCUUGUCUCCUUUCUCUCCUCCCUCCACCAGUUUUAGCCGGCUCUUCAACCCCUCGAGCAACACCACCAAGAAACCUGAGCCACCAGUUAACGUCAAAUACAACGCACCCACCUCACACAUCACCCCCACUGUCAAGAAAAGAAGCAGCACUUUAUCUCAGCUACCAAGCGACAAAUCAAAAGCGUUUGACUUUCUCAAUGAGGAGAUUGACUCGGGUAAUCUGGCCUCACGCAGAGAGCAGAAGAGGGCGCAGUACAGGCAGGUGAAGGACCAUGUACAAAAGGAUGAUGGUAGGAUCCAGGCCUGCGGUUGGAGUCUUCCCCAGAAGUACAAGGUGGCGAAUGGCGGGCAGGCAGAAAGCAGGAUGAAGAAUUUGCCUGUGCCUGUGUUCCUUAGACCUUUGGAUGAGAAAGAUGCUUCUAUGAAGCUGUGGUGUGCUGCAGGCGUGAACUUAUCCGGAGGAAAGACCCGCGAUGGCGGCUCCAUUGUCGGGGCCAGCGUCUUCUACAACGACGUCGCGAGUUCGGAGGCGGAGAGGCAGAGGCAGAGGAAAGGAUCGCAGAGCAGUCUGGACAGGCUGGAGCAGGAGCUCAAGGAGCAGGAGAAAGAGCUACGACAACACGAGGAGCUGUCCAGCCUGGUGUGGAUCUGCACCAGCACUCACUCCACCACCAAAGUCAUGGUCAUCGAUGCCAACCAGCCUGGCAAUAUUCUGGAGAACUUCUUUGUGUGCAAUUCCCACGUCCUGUGCAUCGCGAGCGUGCCAGGUGCCAGAGAGACUGACUACCCAGCCGGGGAAGAGGUUCCCCAGGAGGCAGAGGGUGGGGCAGCGGACAACGCCUCCCUGACAGCCAGCGUGGCCAGCAGCGGCUCUGCGGGCAGCGACAGCAUGCUGGGGGGAAUCACUGUAGUCGGCUGUACUACCGAGGGGACAGCCACCAUCCCACAGACUGAGAGCACCCCUGUGUCUGCCUCCCCCAUCCCAGACGUCCAGACAGGAGAGACGGGUGCUGAGAACAGCGCAGUGGAAGGAGGGGUGCCCACGGCGGAGGAGGCCACAGAAGCGACCGAAGCCAGCGCGGGCUCAGGGGAUGACGGAGCAGACAUCAGCCAGCCAGGAAUCUACACGGAGCACGUCUUCACAGACCCUCUGGGAGUGCAGAACUCUGCCGAAAGCACCCCCGUCUAUCCGCAAAGGGAGUCUGACUUAUUCAAGGAUGGCGUGACGUCUCUGCCGGAAGAGCAGGAUCUCAUGAGAGAGGAGGCACAGAAGAUGAGCAGUGUCCUGCCCACCAUGUGGCUUGGAGCUCAGAAUGGCUGCUUGUACGUCCACUCUUCAGUGGCUCAGUGGAGGAAGUGUCUCCAUUCAAUAAAAUUGAAGGACUCUAUUCUCAGCAUUGUACAUGUCAAAGGAAGGGUAUUAGUUGCACUGGCUGAUGGGACGUUGGCCAUCUUUCACCGAGGUGUAGAUGGGCAGUGGGACCUAACAAACUAUCACCUUUUGGACCUGGGGCGACCCCAUCACUCCAUUCGCUGCAUGUCGGUGGUGCAUGACAAGGUGUGGUGUGGCUACCGAAAUAAAAUCUACGUGGUUCAGCCCAAAGCCAUGAAAAUAGAGAAAUCCUUCGAUGCUCAUCCUCGAAAGGAGAGCCAGGUGAGACAGCUGGCGUGGGUGGGCGAUGGUAUUUGGGUGUCAAUUCGCCUGGAUUCCACCCUGCGGCUCUUCCAUGCUCACACCUUCCAGCACUUACAGGACGUCGAUAUCGAGCCCUAUGUCAGCAAAAUGCUGGGCACUGGCAAACUAGGCUUUUCUUUUGUAAGGAUUACAGCCUUAAUGGUGUCUUGUAAUCGUCUCUGGGUUGGAACUGGAAACGGAGUUAUUAUUUCCAUUCCUUUGAUUGAAACUAAUAAAGUUGCCACAGGAACUGCGAAAGGUCCAGGCAGUGUAAUUCGGGUGUAUGGGGAUGAGAACAGUGACAAAGUGACUCCAGGUACAUACAUACCCUACUGCUCCAUGGCCCAUGCACAGCUCUGCUUCCACGGGCACCGAGACGCAGUGAAGUUUUUUGCUGCAGUUCCAGGCCAGGUGAUUUGCUCUUCAGCCAGCUCUGGAAGUGACACUCUUACUGACAAACCAGGUUCUUCUGCCUCAGAGCCGUCCAGCCAGGACAAGCUUGUCAAGUCUGUCCUAGUGCUCAGUGGAGGAGAGGGCUACAUUGAUUUCAGAAUGGGUGACGAAGGAUCCGCUGCAGAGGAAUCCGACACCACACUGCAGCUCCAGCCCUUUCUGGCCAAAGCAGAACGAAGCCAUCUGAUCGUGUGGCAGGUCAUGCUGAGCGAAGAGUGAUCCACCUCAUUCUCACACAGUGCCAUCAGCAAGUAAGAGGAAGACCGUGAAAACCUUCUGCAUGUUCUUUUUCUUUUUUAAAAUUUUAAUUUUAAAUGCAUCUGUAUUCCUAUUGUUAUUUUUUUUUUUAUUAUUUUGCACCCGAGUGUGGGAUGGACUUUUCACUAUGUAUGACGCUUCUCUAUUCCUUGUAAUAACAAAGCAGGCAAGGGUUGGUGACUGCAGCCUGGUUGAGUGUCGUCACCCACAUCCCUGCCUUGUCAGGGAAGCUUCAAACUCUUCCUUUGUAUGUUUUGGAGAUGGAAGCGAAAUGCUGCUGCGCCUUAGAUGUAGUUAAGCUUGUAUAUUAGAGAUGAAUGAGAAACCAAUGGACCUAUAUGAUACACACAUUGUUAUACGGAGAUUGGGAAUGUUGUGGGGAUGUAAUUUUUUUUUUUUUAAAACACUGGGGAGUCAUAGUUAUGUGACAGUGCCACAGGUUUGUGUCCCUUGUGUUCCCUGCUCUACUCCCUGUGUAAUAGUUUAAUAGAUCUUGACUCACAGGCUACCACGCUGUUAAUGUACUCCGAGUGGUAUGUAUGUCAGACUUGACUGUCUUUUACACCCAUCCUGCGUUUCCUUUCUACUCGGCAAAUGAGUGGACAGUGUGCUCGUGUCCCACUAAUCCUUGAGGAAUAGUGUUCAAGUUGCUGGCCUGUUUUUAAGGUUGUGUAUGCCUGCAUGGUGAAGUCCAUUUGUAUUUCCCUUUGCUACCGUCUUACUUUAUUCUCCCUUGUCCUGUUAGGUCUUCCUUCCUGUGAAAUAUAUAGCUUGCAGACACUUUAAGCAACAUAGGCUGCCUUAGUUUAAGCAAAACACACUUUUAAUGAUGUACACUAACUGUUCUAAGGAACUAAAUUUGUAUUUACAACCAUGUCUGACGGAGUAUUUAUUUCUAUGUGGGUGUCACAAAGUUACCAAA